CAUUUCUCGAAAUUUGAUAUUUUAUUCCUGUAAUUGUUGGUGGUGGCACUGUGGCCAAAAGUGUCUAAGAGGUUAACAUCCAAACGCCAUAGCUAUCAUCAUCUUCUUUAAUACCUUCCGUCUCGCCAUUGUCUCUCCUCUGCGAGUCCAAACCCCAAGGCCUGUACGAUUCACAUUGCUGCCAUCUUUACGACUUUACCCGAUCUGACGCCUGCUUUUUCAGAUCUCCCACCCACUGUCUGCGAAUCAGUGAAGCUGCUUCAAUGGCAUCUCUGUGACUUCCCUAGUCCGUUUCCGCCACUUUAUUGAUUCAAUCCAAUUUGGGUUGGGGCUGUUUUACUGACAAGUGUAUUGUCUAUUCAGAACUACAAAUCAUGUGGAGGUUCAAGCCUUUCACGGCUAAGGAACAGACUGGGCUUGAAGGCCGCACCAUUGAUAUUGGCAAUCUCAAAGUUCAAGUUCGCAACAUAAUAGCAGAAGGCGGAUUCUCUUGUGUUUAUCUGGGCCGAGAUGUAAUCCAUGGCUCAAAACAAUAUGCGUUGAAGCACAUCAUAUGUAAUGAUGAAGAAUCUAUGGACCUAGUGUUGAAAGAGAUCAACGUCAUGAAAUCACUUAAGGGGCAUCCUAAUAUUGUUACACUUUGUGCCCAUUCUAUCUUCGAUAUGGGACGCACUAAGGAAGCUCUAAUUUGCAUGGAAUACUGUGAGAAAUCUCUGGUUAGUGUACUGGAGGGCAGAGGAUCCGGUUAUUUUGAAGAAAAACAGAUCCUGACAAUUUUUAGAGAUAUAUGUAAUGCAGUCUUUGCUAUGCAUUGCCAGUCUCCCCCUAUAGCCCACAGGGACUUGAAAGCGGAGAAUCUUUUGCUAGGUCCUGAUGGGCUAUGGAAGUUGUGUGAUUUUGGUAGUACAUCUACCAAUCACAAGCGGUUUGAGAAGCCCGAAGAAAUGGGAAUUGAGGAAGACAAUAUUCGGAAACACACUACGCCUGCUUACAGAGCCCCCGAGAUGUGGGAUCUGUACCGAAGGGAACUGAUAAACGAGAAGGUGGACAUAUGGGCCCUUGGUUGUCUACUGUUUCGCAUAUCCUACUUCAAGUCUGCAUUUGAUGGCGAAUCGAAGCUACAAAUCUUGAACGGGAAUUACCGGAUUCCAGAAUCACCAAAAUACAGCUCGUCCAUCGUAGACCUUAUUCGGGACAUGCUACAAUCUUCACCAGAUGCCAGACCAGAUAUCACGCAGGUAUGGUUCCGUGUUAACAACCUGUUACCUGACGGGCUACAGAAAUCAUUGCCCGAUAGAUCUCCUGAAAUGAUGCUACAGAGUACGGAUUUGCAUGAAGGUAUUCCAAGAACUGCGAGCAAGUCUAACCCAGUACCUCGAAGAACUGCACCGCCUCCCCCGGCUGCCACAGAUGUAAAUCGUAAUCCAUCACCGUCUCAUAAUCCCGGGAUGGCUGGGGCGGGGGCUGGUGGCCCUCUAGGUGCGUUUUGGAACACUCAGCAUGCAAAGGAUGCUGCCCCAGACGACAAAACUAGACCGAAAUAUGAUGAAGAAUUGACUAGCUAUGGGUCACCAAGAAACGAUAGAACUAGCCCUUCUAAAGCAGCAGUCAACAGAGCGAGGGAUGCGUCUUCGAAGGAUUUUGAAAUAAAUUUUUUCCCUAAUAGUUCUGGCCAAAACGAUGAAAGUCCCCAUACAUCUAAAAAGCCGGAGGGCGUGCCAGUUCAGGGUGACAAAUUCAACGCCUUUAUUGCGGAAUUCAGUAGCACUAAACAAAGUUCUGGGAGUAAGAAUACUGGGAAAGAGGAUCUAUUAGAGGCUGAGGUUGAAAAGCUGAAGGAACAGCUAACACAUACCAACAUGGAGAAAGCUGAAAUUACGUCGAAAUUUGAAAAACUAUCUGCCAUAUGUAGGUCACAGCGGCAGGAGAUACAAGAACUCAAGCAAGCCCUCGCUGCUAAAACUCCAUCACCAAAUCGAGAUACCUUGAGAAACCAAUCAUCUCCUAAAAGUCAAACAUUCAGUACCCCCCCACAGCAGAGGGAAACCAUUGAAGGAACUGUCUGGGAACUGCAACAAGGCCUGUUGAACCAGAGCUCCUCAAGCCCAGAUCCCUCGGCAUGGCAGGCCUUUGCUGACGAUGGUCCUAAACCGCUCACAACUCCUCCUCCCAGCAACACUCCACGGUCUAUGAGAACAAGGAAUAACCAGCCACCGAAUACGCAGGAUUCUACUGCCAGCGCUUGGGGAUUCGGGACCGAUAGUUUUACAGCAGUUCCUUCUGCUACCUCUCAGAUGAACGCUUCUUUCAGUGAUCGAAACAAUUCCCAGCGUUUUGGCGACAAGCGCGUGGACAACAAAUCGGCAUCCCAACCUGCUGGAUGGGCAGGCUUCUAGGCAAGUGCCCUUUGCCAAGAUGGAGUUUGGGAAACAGUUUGAGGUCACCUGCUUCCUAAUAGAACAUGAUUUUUGUCUUAUGAAAGAGAACAUGGCUGUGAUAACAAUAAAAGUAUAGUAAAGGAAAAGAAAAAGAAUUGAAUGGUGGUGGUGGUCUGAGGUUGUGGUGUUGAAUGUGUUGUGUAGAGAUUUGGUUAUAUAAUUCUACUCUGUUUAUUACAUUUCUACAAUACUCUAUGCUAUUUUACAUAUUUCUAAUUUCUCAGUAUUUACAGGACAGUUA